AUUUUGACCACCUCAAUUAUCAUAAAAUACCAACCAAUUGUACUUAAAAAUGUCCCUCUGAGUUAAGACCUACCCUAUUCACGGACAUUGCACAACUUCAAAUUAGAUUACCUCAAAACUAAGUUAUAGGUUUGGUCGAUAAUUAUUUUAGGCCUUUGCAUGCAUAUCCACAUAACCCAACAUUCUCCGCGUAUUGGUCACCUUCACCCCUAGUCCCACCAACCCUCCCUUCCUGACUCUAUAUAAAUUGAACCAUUUGCCUCUUUUGCUUCACUCAAAACUCUUCCUUCACUUAAUAGUCACUGUAGCGUACAACUAUACAAGCAGUCAACAUCUUCAAGUGCAAAAUAAUCAGCAUGGGUUUUACGAGAUUGGUUCUUUGUUCAUUGCUCGUUUGUUUGGUUCUUCUUCAGAGCCACGGACGUGAAGCUCAAGCUAAUCAAAUGGAGGGAAACGCUGUUUCCGUGAAUGGUUACACCGAUAAAAAAUUGGAUUGUGGAGUGGCUUGUGCAGCGAGGUGCCAAUUAUCAUCACGACCAAGGCUGUGCAAAAGGGCAUGUGGAACUUGUUGUGCAAGGUGCAAAUGUGUUCCACCUGGUACUUCCGGCAACUACGAUGUUUGUCCUUGUUACGCCAGUCUCACCACUCAUCGCAACCGUCGCAAAUGCCCUUGAGAAACUGAAUAAUCAUACCUCUUUAUUAUUCAUACCUUCGCUACUUUUUUUUUUUUUUUCCCUUUAUAAUGAUAUUUCGGAUUUUGGUGUGCAUAUGAAUCAGCUUUAAUGCAAAUAAGGCGGGACACUAGCGGCCCCACUCGGAAUCACUUUGUAAUUAUUAUUGUAUUUGCUGUAAUUUUUACUUUCAAAUAAGCAACUUUUGGGGGCUCUCCUCAUGAAAGCAAUGUAAUUUUUAUUCAUUAUUAAUGAAUAAUGAUGUUGUUUGUACAUUGCACAUCGUUGAUGUACGUUUCCUACUUUGUUAGGAUUUGCAAUAUAUCUUUUGAUAUAGUAAAAUGUUGGAUUCCAUUUGAGCUCAUAAAUUCGUUAUUAUAUGCUAC